GACCAUUGGCGGCCUCUGAGUCCACAGACAUGCUAAGACAGACACCAAGUCUGGAAGCUUCAUGUUUAUCAAACAAGAGACACCGACUUCUGGGAAGUUUGAGACAGGCAUUUGUGGUUCACACCUUUAAUCCUAGCUCUCAGGCAGAAGUUCAAGGCUAGCCUGGUCUACAUAGUUCCAGGACUCUACCAUGGAAAAGACAAUAGAUGAGCCCCCCAUAUCCGCUGACUUGCUGGAACAUUGCAGUUUCUCUCAGGUGGUGUUUAACAGUGUGGAGAAGUUCUAUAUUCCUGGAGGAGAUGUCAUGUGCUAUUACACCUUCACCCAACAGUUCGUCCCUCGUCGCAAGGACUGGAUUGGCAUCUUUAAAGUGGGGUGGAAGACAACCCGAGAGUAUUAUACCUUCAUGUGGGUUGCUUUGCCCAGUGACCUAAACAAGGAAUCAACCAAGCAGCAGGAAGUCCAGUUCAAAGCCUACUAUCUGCCCAAGGAUGAUGAGCAUUACCAGUUCUGCUAUGUGGAUCAAGGUGGUGUGGUCCGGGGAGCAAGUAUCCCCUUCCAGUUCCGUCCAGAAACUGAGGAGGACAUAGUGGUUGUUACCACUAAGGGAAAGGUGGAAGAGAUAGAGCAACACAAUAAGGAGCUUCUACGGGAAAACCAGGAGCUGAAAGACAGCUGUGCCAGCCUCCAGAAGCAGAACUCAGAUUUACAGGCUGAGCUCCAGAGGAAACAGGAGGCACUAGAGGCCCUGCAGAAGACCCAUAAUAAGUUAGAACAGCAAGUGGAAGAGCAGAAGGGCUGUUGGGAGACUGAGGUGCUCCAGCUGAAAGAAUACAAUCAGAAGAUAACCUCUGAAAACGAGAAGAUGGGAAUCAGAGUAGAGCAGCUUCAGGCCCAGCUAUCAACUCAAGAGAAAGAAAUGGAAAAGCUUGUUCUAAGAGACCAAGACCAGACAGGGCAGCUGCAACGUCUCAAAAAUGAGAAUAGCCAGCUCCUCCUCCGUUUAACUGAACAGAAGGAGCAGAAGAUGAAGCUUGAGCAGACAGUGGAAAACAUGAAGCAGAUGGAAACGAUCUCACGGGAGCAACAGCAGGAGCUAAAGGAUGAGAAUUUUGCCCUGUCAAGAAUGUUAAGUGACAACAAGGUUUUAUAUGAGCUGAAGAAAGAGAAAAAGGCACUGGAAAUAGAAAAUGAACUCCUGAAGGAAGAGAACAACAGACUGCACAAGAUGGACUUCUACGGUGCGUAUUUGCCAGAUCGAAUGAAAUCUUCAGAUAAAGGAGCUGGUAGGCAAAACCCAGGCCUUGUGUACGGAAACCCGUAUUCUGGUAUUCAAGAAAGUUCUCCUCCCAGCCUGCUUGCUGCCAUCGUUGCUGAUAAAGUCCGUGAGCAGAUCUCGAACAAGCACCAAAUGCAGAUCAGUGUCUUGAAUUGUCCAGUUUGUGGCAAAGUCUUUUCACCAACAGAGGAGCAGAUCUUUAAAGACCAUGUGUUCUGCCACACUCUCUGAGUGUCCCAGCCCAUGGGUCUAUGCUGAAUCAGAUUUCACAGUGCAGAACACUGCUGUGAGCUAUCUGAGCAGAGAAACCAGUGUAACCAGAAGUCAUUAGGGGUUCACUCAGCUGAUGCCUUCAAAGGUGGGGUGUGCCCAUUGUCUGUAGGAUGCUGUUGACAGCAGCUGUGUCUACCCUGUCCAUGUCAUGACUGCAGCUUCAGCCUUUCUCCUGCAGUGCCCAUUCAUCCUCGGUCUUCAGGACAGUGCCUGCUGGUUCACAGUAGCUGACCGACACUAAGUCAUCAUCUUUCUAGUUGUCACACCACAUUCACAGUUGGGGCUCAAGUGCAUUUGUGCCAGUCCUCAGUCCUAACCCAAAGUCUGGGUAGGAACAAGAUUGGAAGUGGAGAAUUUUUUUCUUCAGUUCUUUCUUCAACCAAUUGCCUCAAAUUAUCCCAAAAUGGUACAUCAGCGAUUCCAAAGAUUUAUCAGCUUCCAAAAGCAAUGAUUUUUGUUUUAUUUUUGAAGACAAGGCCUGAGUAUAGCCCUGGCUGUCCUGGAACUCUCUGUGUAAAAGAGAUCUGCCUGUCCAUGCCACCCAAGUGCUGGCCUCUAGAGAGGCGUGCACCACCACACCUGCUGAGCAGUGUCCUCAUUCUAGUAGGAUGUGAUUAUGUGAAUCUGUAUUCCAGCAGCUGAGGUUGAGGCCGGAAGAGUAGGAGUUCAAAGCCACUUGGACUACAUAGGCUUUCUCUUAGGAAAAAUGGAGAGGGCAGGGAAAAGGCUUCUUUCUAAAUACUUCUGAUUGAUUGGCAUUUUCUGAUCCUUUUAUAAACAAAAGAGUGUUUGUUUUUUGUUUUUGUUUUUUUUCCUUUCUUUGGCUGACCUGGAAUUAACUGUAUAGCCCAGGCUAGUCUGGAACUUGGCAACUCUGUUGAAUCACCUUCCUAAGUGCUGAGGCUAUGGGCUUGAGCCACUGCUCCCAGGCUGUUCGUCUCUUAGUGACAAUUAGAAAUAGUUAGGAGGUAUAUGGGCUUAUGGCUUUCCCAAUAGUUAAUUGUAUGAAUGUAAGAAUAAUGACUAUUGUUAAUCUCUUAAUAUUCAACAUAAAUUACUCUUUUUAAGGACA